CGUGCGACACACGAUACGCAACGCGUCGGUAACAGUAGGGGUCGCAUUUACCGAGUACAAGUUGUCAAAUAAUCCGCUAGAUGUUACUAGUGACUAGUUUAUUUUCACCAUGAUUUUACCGAAUGCUAAUGAAUAUGGGCUGAAUUAAUCUGUUGGGCACGCAUUUGAAGAAAACCAAAUACCAGUAAACAAAUGACUAUCUUCUUUUUAAUACAAACCUCGACAACAUCAGAGCAGUGGAAAAAAAAAUAGUUUUGGACGAGCUUAACUGACGUAAAAUUAUCAGUGUAAUAAUCUUCAACAUGACGUAUUUUUAAUUAUUUUUCGAACAAAUUUUACCGAUUAAAACCCUCGUUCUGGCAACUAAAUUCAAACCAAAUCACAUUCAAAUAAUAACGAAGAAAUGGAGGAGAACGAAGAUGAACCCGACGAUGUAAAAAAGGCGACUCCGGUUGCAGGUGACAUCGAGGCUGGAAGGAAAGACGAAACGGCGGGAAGACCAAAGGCCACGGGAAAAAGUAAAAAUUCUAACAGCGGCAAGUCACCCCGUUGUGAAAAACAUGCUCGCAAACCAACUAUUGUCAAGUCCGAAGCUGACUGUUGUCGUAAUAAAAUGGCGAGAACCUCGAAGAGCCAAAAAACUAUGGCUGUCAUGAUCUAUUCUCCACCCUGCAAUCUUCCCAAACUUGAAAUCGUCCCGCGGCAUUGCCUGUCAAAGAAGGAAUACGUAGACAUGUUGGCCACCCCCAGCCGGAAGUGCCCGAUGGAGUGUUUGGGGAAGACCGUUAUGCGAAGAGUACGCCCAAUUUCGGAUCGGAUCAACGAAUUGGCUCAACCGGCCAGGCGAUUGGUUGUUGGCACCCUAAUGGAACGAGGGGAGAGCCUGCCACCUGAGAUGAUCAGCAAUCUCAUCAAGUCGGUCGAAGGGAAUUCCUGCCUCACACCCGAACAAGCCGAGCACUAUUUCCGUGAAAAAGAGCGUCACAAAGAUCAAAAGAACGCGGGUAAAAUUUUGCGAAAAAAAUGCCGGGAAAAGCCGAAAAAUUCCAAGUGUCAGUCGCCGUUGGACAGAGAGGCUGUGAUGCACCAGUAUUUGAUGGCCGAGCGGUUCGUGAGGAGUAUUUUGAAAUGGAAAUGCCCAAUUCCAGUCGAGGAGUUCGAGGAUAUAGCGAGCGUAAUUCUCCGCCGACUGAGUUUUGUCCUGGAAUACACGCCGCAGGGCCAACAGGAGGACCUAAAGUCCCAGCAGAUGAGGUUUUUAGCUGAUAUAAUCGCCUGCUGGAUAUCCGGCGUGCUCUUCGAGGUCGCUGAAGAGCAUAGAAAGGAACUUGAGGAGGAAAAAGCCCGGGCCGAAGAAGAGAAAGCUGCAGCUGCGGAGGAUAUGGACGAUGACAAGGAGGAGGAAACGCCAAUGACGGGGGAGGCAGAGAAAGAAGAGGAAGAAUCAGAAGCGGAAGACAAGGCGGAGGAUGAGGAACAGAAAAAGGGGAAAGAUGGCACGGAAGACAUAACCGAUAAGGGUCCAAGCGAGGACACCGGUACGCAGACCGUCAAGGCGGAAGAGGAAGGCAAGAAGGACAAAAUGACAGAUGAAGCCGUGGACGCAAAAGACAACAGCGCGCAGGUGGCAGCAGAAAAAGAAGCAGCCGAAGAAAAGGCGAGACUGGAAGCAGAGGCCAAGAUAAAGCAGGAGCAGAAGGAGAAAGAGCAGGAAGAGGAGGAGAGGAAGAAAAAAGAAGAGGAAGAGAAGGCUAGAGUGGCGGCUGAGGAGGAAGAGGACAGAAGGAAGAAGAAGGAGCUGGAAGAAGCAGCCGAGAAGAAGCAGCAGGAGGAAGAAGAAGCGGAAGAGGAACGUAAGCGGAAGGAAGCCGCAGAAGAGGAGGAGAAAAAGCGGAAGGAAGCUGCCGAGGAGGAGGAGAAAAAGCGGAAGGAAGCCGCCGAGGAGGAGGAGAAGAAGCGGAAGGAAGCCGCCGAGGAGGAGGCGAAGAAGAAGCAGAAGGAGACGGAGGAAGAGCAAAAGCUGAAAGAAGUUGGGCUGCUGCAGGCCAUCGAGGGCAUUGGCGACGGCAAGUUGUUCGAGACGGAACUGCCCUUCGUGACCUUCGGCCGUCUGAUCCAGGCGGUCUUCGACAUGGUAACCGAGGCACCGGAGGGUGACGAGACAGACAUGGUUCAAAACCGCAUACAGAGGGCGCUGUACGAGAAACUGUCACGACUUGUGACGCUCGAGAGCCCGGACGCGCUCACGGAGAACCUGAAGGACGUGAUCGACGUCUUUUCCGGUAAGGCAGCCGCCUGGCUGAAGAGCGCGCUGCACGGCUCAGAGGCUGAGUUCCUCCGCGAUCAUCCCCCCGAAGUUGAGUCGACCGAGAUCAGGGACUGGGGAAAAUGGCUGGAUCGCGUAGCCGACAGAGCUGGUGAUUGGGCGAACUGGAUCCACCGAGUGGUCAACGAAGCCGAGGCGAAAUCCGCCGGCUCCAUUAGUCGUGGCGACUGGCAGAGCUGGACCAGCGAUACUGAGACCAAGGCAAUGCUGUGGAGGCGAUACUACUUGGAGACCGUUCAUCAGGCUCACCAUAACAGGAUGAUGACAGCCGACCGACCCGUCGUCAAGGCUGGUAAAAAGCGAGGCAUUCCCGGUAACGCCGACGAAGUGGAGGUCGAGAACACUGAUUUGAGUAUCUAGAUGCGUGGUUGGUUCAUUUGUCUGGGUGAGAGGUCAGAGUUCCGAAUAGUUAAAGUUCAGAGAUACCAUUACACAGAAUUUUGAUACUCCGAAUAGUUAAAAGCCUGAAUGGUCGAAACCCCGAACGGUUAAUCCUAAGUGGGUAAAAGUCCAAACGUUACUAAUCUUCAAACAUAUAAACGGCAUAUAUUGAGCUUGUUCAGGUUCAGAGUUUUGACCAUUCGAAAUUUUUGGACAUUCGGAGCUUUGACUUCUGGAAAUUUCGGUAUCCCAUGUAAUGGUCUGUUCGCACUUUGUCAAUUUGGGCCCUCACUCUAUUUCGUGUAUUCCGGGUGAUUUUCUUGAGGAUCCCCGACGCUUCACCAACACAUAGGCAACCGAAGCCACAUUAUAUCGCAUUACAGUCACAUCUUAAGUCUUUACUGCCAUUUCUGAAAAGAUAACUUAUCUAAUUUUGCAGAGUAUGCGUCAGAUGCUAUAAUUCAUAUAGAGACCUUGUUUUCGGAAAUUAAAGUGCAGACCUGAAAUGUGACUUCGCGUGCCUAUCUGCUGAUAAAGCGACAGAAAACUUCAAAAAAAUCGCUCAGUAUAGCGAAUGUUUGAUACUGUAACUUCGUUGUAAUUAGAUUUUGUAACUAUAAUGACAAUAUUGAUGAUGUUAAGCUGUCAGGUAUAUAAAAAAUAUUAAUAAACAUUUGUGAAGACAAAUAAUUGGUUGGAGAAGUGUCGUGGUUAACAAUGGUAUCGGGACAUUUUUUAUGAGCUUCUUUGAUAUGUCUCUCUACAGAAUUUGGUGGAAAACAAAACCAAAACGACCCAUUCAGUAGAACGGCUCGAUAAUAAGAGAAGUUCUAUAACAUGGGUGUUCGAAAACGAGAAAGAUAUACUUGGUGUAUUUCUUGUGAAAGGAAAUCACUUUGUGUCGAAAAAUUU